ACGUACCGCAGUUCGCAGCGUUGUGUACUUUGGUUUACGGAUGCUGAGGAGGGCCGUUUGGUACUCACACUGUAAACACUCAGACGGGUUUUUGUCGGUCAGUUUUGGCAACGGACUGUAAGAAUCCCGCCGGUCACAGAUGGCCGAGUGCUCCGAGCCUGCCUCCGUCAGCUCCGCGGUGAACGGAGAGCCGAAGAAGGAGAGGAAGGUGGCUGUUAUCACCGGCAUCACCGGGCAGGAUGGUUCCUACCUGGCUGAGUUCCUGCUCGCUAAAGGCUACGAGGUUCAUGGUAUUUUGCGUCGUUCCAGCUCCUUCAACACGGGUCGCAUUGAGCAUCUUUACCAGAACCCACAGACACACACAGAAGGCAACAUGAAGCUGCAUUAUGGCGAUCUCACUGACAGCACGUGUCUUGUGAAGAUCAUCAACCAGGUGAAGCCUACAGAGAUCUACAACCUGGGCGCUCAAAGUCACGUCAAGAUCUCCUUUGAAUUGGCCGAGUACACCGCUAAUGUAGAUGGUGUGGGGACGCUUCGUCUCUUGGACGCCAUAAAGACAUGUGGUCUGACCAACAGCGUAAAAUUCUACCAGGCCUCCACCAGCGAGCUGUACGGCAAAGUUCAGGAGAUCCCUCAGAAGGAAACCACGCCUUUCUACCCUCGCUCACCUUAUGGUGCUGCGAAGCUGUAUGCCUACUGGAUCGUGGUGAACUUUCGAGAGGCCUACAACAUGUUCGCUGUCAACGGGAUCCUCUUUAACCACGAGAGCCCAAGGAGAGGUUCAAACUUUGUGACGCGUAAGAUCAGCCGUUCUGUGGCAAAGAUUCACCUUGGCCAACUGGAGAGUUUCAGCCUGGGCAACCUGGACUCCAAGAGGGACUGGGGCCAUGCCAAAGACUAUGUGGAGGCUAUGUGGCUGAUGCUGCAACAGGAGGAGCCUGAGGAUUUUGUCAUAGCGACUGGGGAGGUGCACAGUGUAAGGGACUUUGUGGAGAAGGCCUUCAAGCAUGUGGGGAAGACAAUUGUGUGGGAUGGAAAGGAUGAGAAGGAAGUUGGCCGUUGUCAGGAAACCGGGGUUAUACGUGUGAAGGUGGACCCAAAAUACUUCCGUCCUACUGAAGUGGACUACCUACAAGGCGACAGCACCAAAGCAUAUCAGAAGUUGAGCUGGAAGCCGAAGGUGACUUUUGAGGAUCUGGUGAAGGAGAUGGUGGACGCAGACAUCGAGCUAAUGAAGAAAAACCCAAACGCUUAAGACCAAAUCAGUCAGUCCCCCCGGAACGGAAACAUUUCAACACUCCUCUGUUCUACCAUUGAGACCAACAGUGGAAGGAACAUGUAUUUUUACCUUUAUGACUUUUUCAAAAUAAAUUGUGUCCUUUCUUCUUUGUUAAUGAGGUUAGACAGAAUCAUUUGUUGCCUUUUUGUUUUGUGUCUACUUGCAGUACCAAGUCAUUUCAAUUUUGGUUUAUUAUCACAUAGCAGAGAUGCCUUUUAUAUUUCAACACUGAUCAUGUCAUAAUUUAUAUAGAUGGCACGUUUUAAGGCUUUAUUUAUAUGUCUUUGUUGUUAUUUUUUUGAUUGUGAAUGAAUUGAUUUUUUUAGAUGUCAAAAUUAAUAUUCUUUGCUUCAGGGGCUGAAAUGGCAGAAUAUAUAAAUAUACAGAAGAAUGAAGAUUUUAAUAGCAAUCUGCAGGUUUAUCAAAGGUCUGACAUAAAUGAAUAAAAGCCAUUUGGUACAAUAAAAACAGAUCUUUUUA